CGCUGGAACGAUUCUGCCCCCAGUGGAUCUGAUAAUCUGAUUUCCGAUGCACAUUGCUCCACGACAAGCAGACGUACUAUGUCGAUCCGGGCCAGCUAGCGAGCGCUCGUCUGGUUCGGCCUUGGGGCUGCUCUGGAAGCUCCUCUGUAGCACAAUCCUCCGAAAGGAAAUCCCUCAUCUGAGAGUUGGGAAUCUUGCCCGGGGUCGCAAGGUUUCGUAACCCAUGAGCAUGAGAGAGAGGUGCACUUGUGUUCGUGCGGCCGAAUUGGAUUCGGAUUGCCCUCCCUUGACCUUGAGAGCGUCGAACGAUUGAUUGAUUGAUCGAUGGAUCGAAUGGGGGAUAGUCCCACAGGGUUGCACGGAUGCCGAGAUUGGCGCCACGAUUGUGGAAGAAGGUGCUGGGCCUGAGAGGCUGGCCAGUGGAUGACACACGUGCUUGGCUCAAGGCGUGCUGCACGGAUCAGAUCAGAGUCGACAGCGCUUGGUUAUGGAACUGUGGGGCGAUCUGGAAACUCCGCCAAGAAUGGGUCAAAUGCAGAAACCUGGAAUCCUGUCGGACAGUGGCCGAGCAGAGGGCCGCGAGAGCGGGGGCGCCGAGAAUUCGUAGUCGGUGCUGACUUUUAUAAUGUUUGCGUGCUCUGUCGCUGAUGACAGCAGCGGGUCUAUUUGUGGAUUUGCCGUCCAAGCUUGACAGCUGCACAAUCGGUUUGCCGGAUGGCUUCGCAGCCAUACUACGCGGCAGCCAGAAUCAUUAUUGGGAAGUGCACUAAUGAUUGCAUGAGUGAUUGCUUGAUGCAACCCGAUCAAUUAGAAUGUGCAGCAUUGCUCGUCCAUCUCCGAUCAGGGCCUCUCCCCUCCCUACAAGAGUCCGCAGGCACUCGCAAUUUGCCGAGAUCCACGAUCCAAUCCAAGAGAGAUUGGCUGAAAAUUUCGAAUUCCAAGUGGACCACCGCAGCAGCAGACAUUGAAUAGAGAGAAGAGUUCAGACUAGCACGCGAUCGGGCUAAAUUUCCUUUCCCUUUCAUCGGUCUAGAAAAUUCAGCAGCAGCCUCAGAUUGCUGAGCCACAAAUUCCACCCUUGUAGAUAUUUUGAAAGCUUUAGAAAAACCCAUCGAGAGAUAGAGAGAUAGAGAGAUAGAUAGAUAGAUAUAGAGAGAGAAAGAUUGAUUGUGUGCAGCACCAUCGACAAGUUUCAGAUGUCAAAUCCAAAAUGCGUGAAGUUGUGUCUUGUUUAUUUGAGUGUGGUGCAGUUGGCGACGGCAGCAGCGCCAAAUCAGGGGCGGAGCAACAAAUUCGACCGCUUCACUCUCGGCAAUGUGAACAUAAUCUGCACGAAUUUGGCCACGGGCGUGCAAUGUGACUAUCCGAUUCCGUCGGCCGGGACCACAGCGACGGGCAAUUCGAUGCAUCGCAACAUCAUCGCGUACGACUCGGACGGCAUUUACGCGCUGGGGUUCCACGAGCUCGUGCGCGGCGAGUUCUAUCUCUCCAUUUACCUCUUCUACCCGAGCGACAGCUCCGCCGGCCCCCCGGUCUGGACGGCCAAUCGCGACAACCCGGUGGAUGAGAACGCCACCAUGAGCUUCUUGACGACCGGAUCCUUGGAGCUUCGAGACUCGCAGGGCAAUGUGAAAUGGUCGUCGCGGACGGAGACGAAGGGCGUGAAGAGCUUGGUGUUUCUGAACGACGUGGGCAGUCUGGAGCUGCUGAACGAGGCGAAUCUGACAGUGUGGCAGACGCUGGACGAUCCGUCGGACACCGUGGUGAAGAACCAGGUCAUGCGAUUCGACCCCGCAGGGCAGAAAUCCGUGGUGAGCAGCAGCACGCCCGACGGGCGCGGCAAGGGAUUGUACUCCAUGGCCAUGGGCGCCGGCGGCCUCGUCCUCUACGUGAGCGCCGAUCGCAGCAGCACUGCUGCGCUUCUGCCAUAUCGCACCUACAGCUUCUACGGCCAAUCCGACCUUCGCUACGCCUUGCGCACUUGCAGGCAUCCCACCUUCGCAUCCUUCUUCCCGCCUUCGUCAUCCCGAUUCGGCGCAAUUUUGCAGCAGGACAAUUCGUCGAUCGCCCCGGCCUCGGUCGUCGACCCCGCCCUCUGCAGCAGCAGCCUCGGAGCUGCGAAGGGCAUCUUCGACCUUCAGAGGCUUGCGAAUUGGUCCUCCGAGGUCAAUGACACCAAGGCCUUGCGGCUGGAGCACGACGGAUCGCUCAAGCUCUACUCGUGGAAAGCUCAAGCUCGCACUGCCUCCAAUCCGCUGGUCGUCGACUUGUUCAGCGACGACGACCCGUGCAGCCUCCCCAAUGUGUGUGGGCCUUACGGGGUCUGCACCAGAAGCUAUGGCGACUCGACUUACUCCUGCACUUGCCCAUCGACGUCUCGAGACAGGCCCAAUCGCUUCUGGGAUCAGGUGAGCUCGCAAGACGCCAAUCAAGGAUGUCAGCUUCCCGGAGACCGACCCGUCUGCUCGGUGGGACCUUCGUCCAUCCGCACCGACUUCAUCGAAUUAGACAGCGUAGACUAUUUUGCAAAUGAGUUUGCCACAGCCCAAUUGAGCACAGCCGAGCAAUGUCAGCAGCAAUGUUUGCACAAUUGCUCGUGCCAUGCCGCUUUCUAUCGAACGAGCUCGGGCCAGUGCUUUCUCACAUUCCAUCCUCUGCUCUCGCUGCGUGGCGAGAACUCGUCCACCUUCGUGGCCUAUGUGAAGGUCGUCAGGCCCGACUCGAGCUCGUCAGCAGCCACGGGCUUGAUCGUGGGCGUCUCGGUGGGGGUCGCAGGUGCAAUUGUGGUCGGGCUUUCGAUCGCUGCGUUGUUGUGCAUCUGGAGGCGACGACGACGAGAGAUAGGCUGCAAAGAGGCGAACCUGUUUCUCAAUUCGCUGCCAGGAUUGCCGCCGAGGCUGCACCUGAAGGACCUCAUGACAGCCACGCAGGAAUUCAGUCUCAAGAUCGGCGAAGGGGGAUUCGGGGCGGUGUACAAGGGCAAUCUGCCCGACGGCACAGAGGUGGCUGUCAAGAGGCUCAAAGGUGCAGCAGGUCAGGGAGCGAAGGAAUUUCGAGCGGAGAUGGCGACCAUUGGCAGCAUCCACCACAUCAAUCUCGUGCGCCUCUAUGGGUUUUGCGUCGAGGGCGACCAUCCUCUGCUGGUGUACGAGUACAUGGCCAAUGGAUCGCUCGACAGUCAUCUCUUCAUGGACGACACGGCCAAGAGCGCCAAGAGCUGCUUGGACUGGCAGACGAGGAUGAGCAUCGCCUCCGACACUGCCAAAGGUCUGGCGUACCUGCACGAGGACUGCCGCGAGCAGAUCAUCCAUCUGGACAUCAAGCCGCAGAACAUUUUGCUCGAUGAGCAAUUUCGUGCCAAGGUUGCUGACUUCGGGCUGUCCAAGCUCGUCAAACGCAACCAGAAGGGCCAAGGCCAGCAGGGCGUGACGCAUUUGCGAGGCACCCCGGGCUACAUUGCGCCCGAGUGGUUGCACAUGCCCACGGUCACCGAGAAAGCUGACGUUUACAGUUUCGGCAUCGUGCUCUUGGAGCUCGUGAGUGGCAGGAGGAAUGCCGAGUUCUCUCUGAGACCCGAGAGGAUGUUUUUCCCCCGCUGGGCCUUCCAGAGGUACAAGCACGGCAAGCUGCAGGAAAUUUUGGAUCGUCGGCUCGACGAGUUUGUCAGCACGGAUGAGGCGACUCGCAUGCUUAAGGUGGCCUUCUGGUGCAUCCAGGAGGAUCCUCUCUUGAGACCGGCGAUGGGUGGCAUUGUUCAGAUGCUGGAGGGGACAUUGCAAGUCUCGGAGCCUCCAGAGAUUCAUGGAUAUUCAGAAGCCGAGACCAUUGUCGACAUCAGAGAAUCCGAAUUCGUGUCUCCAUCUUCGAAUGGCAUCUCCUCCGCUGCUGCUGCUCCUCCUCAUCAUCAGCUGGGCCAUGGAGUCAAUGGUGUCAACGGGGUCGACCAGAGGGCUGGAACUCGGUCGUUUUCCAAGGCUCUAGAAGGUGGACUGUCCACAUCCCAUGAGCUAUCGAUAGUAGAAGCUAGAUAAAUACUUCACUUCACAGAGAAAUGAAAUCUCUGAUCGGCGUUUGGAUCUUAAUUUAUUUCUUUCCAGAUUAGACGUAACCAGCCGAAUCGAGCAUUCACAUGGUCCACGAUACCGAUUCCUACAUUGGAGAGUUCAAAAGCUCGAGAUUCUUGUUUGUACAUUACCUUUUUGCAAGGAUCGAAGGGCAACAGACUGGAACUUUUUUGCUCAGAUCGCAUCUGAGCUGCGCAGUUCCUCAAAGGACGACUCUCUGUAAGAUAGGCACAGGAAAAAUCCCACAAUUUUACACCUUCAAAGCAGUUAGCAGCUUCUCGCAGACCCGAUGGGCCGGAAGCCAUAUCCUGUAUACUCCUAAGUCCACUUUAGACCGGCCCAUCACAUCCUUUGUAUUCCAGAGUUCAUUACAGACUUUGACUCAUGUUCAGAGAAUCUGAGCGAGAUCAACCGAGAAGUAAAACGCGAGAGCUGAAUGCUGCAGCUAACGUUUGGUACAUUCUUGUGGACUGUGUGACGAGGGAUCACACCUCAGACUAUGAAUGACGAGAGGCUCUUCGUCAAAGAUGUCAUGGAGCCCGCGCUUG